GCUCACUUGGUGCUAGACCAGGAAAGAAAGCAGACCUGUAACUCCAGCAGAAGAGAGCUGAAGGAACAGCAGAAUUUGUUCUUAUACAACUGUCCAAAGGAUCAAAUCUAUUCCACUAUUCUGGAGGAGAAUUUUCUCUAAACAUGGAUCAUUAAUACAGAACUCUUUAAGUUUAAAAAAAGGCCUAAACACAUUUUGCAUGGUGUAUAUAUGCCAUAAAGAAGAUACAUGCACACAAGAAAUGAAGAAUCACAUCCAAGUUUAAAUGGAUUUCUCAGUUUUAUGUGUUGUAUGCUAAGGACUGUAAAUAAUGAGUCGCUCUGGCUGAUGUCAGGAUCUUACUAUCAGAGCACUUGUGCAGCAGUAAACCUAGAGUAAUCUUUCUUCUGUGUGCCAGGCUGUUUGGUUGGGCGUGGAAGUAAAAGUGUGGCUGUGAGCAUGCACAUCCAGAAAACCCACAUGGGGAAAACACCAAAAAGAAAAGUUCCCCAGUGUCUUGAAAUGAGCGAUCAUUUGGAAGAAAACUGUACUGAGAAAAGCAAUUCUGCCCAUGAGGAACCUGCAGAAGUAUAUGCCACUCCCGCUAAGGAUUGUCAAAUAGCACAGAAGCAACUGCAACAAAUAGAGCGGCAACUAAAAUGCUUAGCAUUUCAAAACCCAGGACCUCAAGUAGCUGACUUCAACCCUGAAACUAGAGAGCAGAAGAAGAAAGAGCGUAUGGCAAAGAUGAACCAAGAUUUUUUUUAUAAACACAAAACUAUGAAGAAGUAUGACAAACAUGGCAGGCUGCUUUGUAAUAACAUGGAUUUGUGUGACUGCCUGGAGAAGAACUGCCUGGGUUGCUUCUAUCCGUGCCCUAAAUGCAAUUCGAACAAAUGUGGACCAGCGUGUCGCUGUAAUAGAAAAUGGGUUUAUGACAGAAUUGAGACUGAAGCUGGUGAAGUGAUAAGCAUGUUACCAUUUUUUGUCCCUGAAUGAUGUUUUUCUGCUAGCUUUUGUAACUGAGCAAUGUUUUUCUUUUCAUUCUUUUUUAUUUUUCAACCUUUAAUAAAAGUUUUGGUUUUGUGAAAGGGG